AGGAGGUGUAGCGAAGCACGCCCAGGACCGCCUUUGCCGCCGCCGCCAAAAGCAGUGACCCAGCCGACGAGAAGGAGACGAGAUGGCCCCCGAACGACGCGUGCCCAUCCAGAAGUCCGACCUCAGCAUCCUGGACAAUGAGUUCAGCUCGAUCCGGGAGCGUUUCGAGGCCGAGAUGCGCAAGAUGGAGGAGGAGAUGUCGCGCUUCCGCUCCCAGCUCAUGGACCACGAGCGCGACUUCUUCGCCAAGAGCAAUGCGCCGCUCCAGGUGGGUCCGGGCGCCCCAGGAGGGCCCCCCGGUGCUGUGCAACCUGCUGCUGCAGUGAGUGGUGCAUGGCUUCUCGCACGCCUUGCCGUCUUCUUCCUUCUUCUCCUUCCUCACAACCUGCUUCGUUCGCUUCGAAAGUAACGGAAA